CAGACAAAUAUCUUGGAAGGGUAUCAUCAUCCUCUGCUAGGAUGGAAAAUCGCCUCUUUGGCAAUAGCAGUAUUUUAUGGGAUCAUUAUCUUAUUCGCAGGAUUGUCCUUGAAUUCCUCCCCUUUUAUAAUGUCUUUUGAGAGGACAGGCGAGUAAUUCAAAGAGCAGAACUUAUUUUUAGGUUUAGUCUGAGCCUGAAAUAAACUGAGAAGGCUGAGUAGUGUUACGAUAAACAGGGAGUAGAACAGAGACAGGAAAUAGGGGGUCUUUGGUAAUGAGUUCCAGCCACUCUUGAAACAGAAAGCCAGAGAAAGAAUUACUUGAGAAUAGUUUCUCAGUGACAGCUUAAUAAUUUUUAGCUUGUUAUUCAACAUUAAAGGGGAACAGUUCCUGCAGUUUUAUGCUGUUCUUGAAAGAUCCUUUUUUAAAGAUCAUUUAGCAAGUUAUCUUUUCGGUGUUUUCAGGGUGGCAUUGUUCGUGCUGCUAAGCGAUCUGCUGUUUAAAAAAACCAGAUGUUUGGGGGGGAGCCUGAAGUUUAUACAGUUCUGUGUUAUAUAUACACAUCUGUGAGAAGCCUUUGGGAUAAGGCUGUGGGACAGGGGCAGGGGAUUCAGCUGAAAAUAUGAGCAGGCAUUGAAGAUUUCAGAAGUUGAGGGUUGAAAGGAGAAGAAAUCACAGCUACAUCCUGUAGAACAAAGCAGAGCGCUUGCUUCCAAAAGUUUCCUUUAGCCCUGGGAAUGUGACUGCUGAGAUGGGCCCAAAGCAUGGAUGCUGAGAUUGAUAUUUACAAGCACUUCACGUGGCUAAAGAGGUCACAGGUGAACCAUCAUCCACCCAAUAAUGAAACUUAUCAAGAAAGGUUGGCACGAUUAGAAGGUGAUAAAGAGUCUCUCAUCCUGCAGGUGAGUGUUCUCACAGACCAGGUGGAAGCUCAAGGAGAGAAAAUCCGGGACUUAGAAAUCUGUCUUGAGGGGCAUCAGUUGAAGCUGAAUGCUACAGAAGAAAUGCUCCAACAGGAGCUGCUGAGUCGCACGUCUCUCGAGACCCAGAAGUUAGACCUGAUGGCUGAAGUUUCAGACCUGAAGAUUAAGCUGGUUGGAAUGGAAAAGGAGCAGAGUGAAUAUGAGGAGAAACAGAACAAAGCUGAGUCAGUUGUGAACCUGAUCAGUGACCUGCAGGAGCAGAUGUGUAGACUGCAGCUGGAAAUUAAUAGUAGGAUCCAAGAAAGGAAGUCUCAAGAUAGGAAAGCAGAGCUGACCCCCAAUGGUUGUCCCUCUGGUGCAGGAGCAGUAGAGCCUCUGGGCCAGAAGAAUUGCUCUCGGUGUGAAGGUUUGUUACAGGAGCUCAGACACCUGAAAAUUAAAGUGGAAGAACUGGAAAACGAAAGAAAUCAGUAUGAGUGGAAAUUGAAAGCGACUAAAGCUGAGAUUGCGCAGCUCCAGGAGCAGCUGGCUCUCAAGGAUGCAGAGAUAGAGCGCUUGCAAAGUCAGCUCUCCAGGACCUCCUCCUACACAGAAGUGGCAGAAAGAGAGGAAGUUUAUAGGAGAAGGCUAAAAGAAAAACACCAAGAGGUUCAGCGGUUGAAGAUAGGAAUGGAGACGUUAUUGGCUGCAAAUGAGGAAAAGGACCGUCGGAUAGAGGAGCUGACACUUCUGCUAAGCCAGUACAGGAGGGUCAAGGACAUAAUGAUUGCAGCUCAUGGCUCUUCUGUCUCUGGUGCCAGUGAAGAGGAACUUGAGGCAACUUUAAGGAAGUGGAAUCUUUUGAAUAAUUCUCCAGGAGAAUUCCUGAAAGCAGAGGCCUCUGCAGGAGAAUUGUCCCCAGCUGUGCUCCCUCCAGUGCCACACAAAGCCAUGGAAAUCAGUGGAAGUGUUCCAGCACCUUCAAGCAGUUUAACCUCUCAACAGGAAGAAUCUUUGGAAAUCACAAAUAGGGUUCCACAGAAAAAAAAGUCAAGUAGUUUAGAAGACUUGCAGAGCGAAUCCUUGGAAAAGCAGAGUAAGGCAGUGGGGAAGAGCAGCAAGUACCAAACGCUGCCAGGAAAGCUGCCCCGAGCGCUGCAGAACGGAGAGCAGGGGAUGUACGGCUCCCCAGAGGGAUGUGGCACGAGUGACAACGGUGACAGCAGCGUCCCCGGCCUGAAUCGCGUCAGGAGUGUCAGUGCGCCCGUGCUAGGAGAAACAGAGAACAUGGAUGGUACAGUGGUCUCAGAUGACCUUUCACCUCUCUCUUCGGGAACGGAUUCAGGUUCACAGUCUCCAUGGUCGCCAGAGAACAGAAAGAGUCCAAAAGGGAUCAAGAAAAUCUGGGGAAAAAUACGAAGAACUCAGUCAGGUAACUUCCCUGCAGACGACCUGGGCCUGGCAGAGUUUCGGAGGGGAGGUCUCCGCGCCACGGCUGGUCCUCGCUUAUCCCGAUCCAAGGACACCAAAGGCCAGAAGAGCGACCACAAUGCCCCGUUUGCUCAGUGGAGCACUGAGAGAGUUUGUAACUGGCUUGAGGACUUUGGCCUGGGCCAGUACGUGAUUUUUGCCCGGCAGUGGGUGACAUCAGGCCACACGCUGCUGACAGCCACACCUCAGGACAUGGAAAAGGAAAUGGGAAUAAAGCACCCACUGCACAGGAAGAAAUUGGUUUUGGCCGUUAAAGCCAUAAAUGCGAAACAAGAUGAGAAGUCUGCACAACUUGAUCAUAUCUGGGUGACACGGUGGCUUGAUGACAUUGGCUUACCUCAGUAUAAAGACCAGUUUCAUGAAUCCAGGGUAGAUGGGAGGAUGUUGCAGUACUUAACUGUGAAUGACCUUCUCUUCCUGAAAGUCACCAGUCAGCUGCACCACCUGAGCAUUAAAUGUGCCAUUCAUGUGCUGCACGUCAACAGCUUCAACCCCAACUGUCUACGCAGGAGGCCUGUUGAGGAGAACAUCUCUCCUUCUGACGUGGUGCAGUGGUCCAACCACAGGGUGAUGGAGUGGCUGCGGUCGGUGGAUCUGGCGGAGUACGCGCCCAACCUUCGAGGCAGCGGAGUGCACGGGGGCCUGAUCAUUCUCGAGCCUCGCUUCAACGGCGACACGCUGGCCAUGCUCCUGAAUAUCCCUCCCCAAAAGACCCUCCUGCGCCGCCACCUCACCACUAAUUUUAACGUGUUAAUUGGGCCAGAGGCACAGCAAGAGAAGAGGGAAAUCAUGGAGUCAGCAGCAUACACACCUCUGACCACCACUGCCAAAGUUCGGCCAAAGAAACUUGGAUUUUCGCAUUUUGGAAACUUACGGAAAAAGAAGUUUGACGAAUCAACAGACUACGUUUGUCCUAUGGAUACAAGCCCAGCUGCUGCCAAUGGUACCUCGAAAAACUAUGGUGGCUACAAAGGCCUCAGUCCUUUCACUGACAGGGAACUGGAUCAGAUGGAACACUCAGAAGGCACAGUAAUGCAAAUAGGGGCUCUUUCCCAAGGCAUAACCCACCUCACGACGCUGCUGAGCCAGGAUGAGAUGCUGAAUGACAGCAGGUUUCUAACACCGACCUUUGAAGACUGGAGAUGAUGUCCCAGCAGGACGGAGAGCGCUACCCGAACCUCGCGCCUGCAGGAGCGGCCAGGAGCAGCUGGGGGCCGUGCAGCAGGAGAGCUUUCCCUCUUUUCUGCCUCUGCCACCUCCCAUGUAGCAUUUCCUCACCUCAGGGCAGCCCCACCUUGCAGGUAACUCUCCUCUGUGCUGUUUUCCCACCUCAUGUAAUGGCAAACAGGGGCUGGGAGAGGAGUGGGACUCUUAUCCAGAGUCUGGAAAGCCAAGACUGGCAAUGUUUUGUCCUUUUAUUCACUUGUCUGUUACGUGCUGUGUCGAUGUACUGUUACACGAAAAACCUUCUGUCAUUUUUUAUUUUUAUAAUUAACUUGGAGUGCAGGAAUCAUUAAUACAUAAUUGUACCAUGGGGGCAGAUCAGAGGUACCUGGAAUUCAGCUGGGUGCUGGUGAGAGCAGCAGCAAUGGCUCACUCACCACUCCUGUGGCCUUGCCAGACUGGUCCCCAGAAAGGAUUUCAAUCUCUUCCCCCCUUUCACUGUCCUGCUCUCUUUUUAUCCAAGCCAGGGCACUGUAGGGUGGGAAGAAUGGAACAUAAUACUGUCCAUCAAGCCCUUGCUUUUAUUAGGAUAACAAGCUACCACGUUCACAAAUCCUUACCUAAGGCAAGAACAACUGCAGCAGGAAAUUGUAACCAGGAAAGUACCAGAAUAAAAGAUGUACUUCUGUAAAACACCUGACAAAAUAAAUCUGCUGCUGUUGUACUGGGCUAGACAGGACUGCAUCAGAGAGAAGUAUUGAGGGGCUGAGGUUGAAGCUGCAGUUACUUGUGAUAUCUGUUUACAUGUACAUCUCCUGUACUAAUGAGCUAUUAAAAAGCUCUCUCAGUAAACAGAUAAAUGCCAGAAAAAAA